AUCGCAUUCCAAGUUAAAUCAGCGCCAGGAAACCCCCUUUCACCAGGUCAAUAUGUCGCACUUCCGGUCCAAGAUCCUCGACCUCGGCGGGUUCAUCAACCCCCGUGUUGUCCGCGACCACACCAAGCGGAAGGUUUUCGAGCAAUUCGAGCCGGAACGUCAAGCUCUCCGCUACGUGAUCCACAACACCUCCCUCCCCCAGCGUGUGCGCGCCCAGGCUCAGCUCCAGCUCGCUUCCAUGCACGCCUACACUCGCUCGACGCAGAUCAAGAACCGCUGUGUGGCGGGUGGUGUUCCUCGCAGUGUGAUUCGGGCGUUUAGACUUGGUAGAUACCAAUUCCGUCAGCAGGCGCUGGCCGGUGAACUCCCCGGUGUGAAGAAGGCCAGUUGGUAAAUUACUAGUAUGGGAAUUUUAUGCGAAAAGAAUACAUAUAUUUGUGAUAGCUUUCAUUGGGUUCGGCGGGUUCUUCCUGAAAGGCGUUUGUUUUCAACUUUCCUCCGUUUCCUUGUUGGUCAGAGGACUUGUAUAUUAGGUUUUGUUAGAUGAUGAUGAGGAAUAAGACAUGCCUUUUCAUCGUCUUGGGUUUCUGUGCUCAGUUGAG